AUUAAUCCGGAUUCCGGUAUGAUUUACAAAAUACAAAGCGCUUAACGAUUGAAGUUUCAACUUUCAAGUUAAUAAAUUAACAUUUUUUUUUCGAAUCAAGAUGUCUGACGACGAAGAAAUUACUUACGUUAAAAAACCCAAAACGAUCCAUUAUGGUUCUUUAGAGGAUCAAGAACGUGCUCGUUUAGCUCAGUUGGCCGCACUCGAUGAUGAUGGCGAGCAAAAAACUUCCAGUGGAAAUAUUAAUAUUUCCAAUGAGUACUUUGAUUUGGAGGAUGCUAUGUCCAAAGACAAACAAGCAUUGUUAGAAGAAUUUGAACGUAAAAAAAAAGCUCGACAAGUACAAGUGUCUACAGACGACGACGAUGUUAAAAAAAGUCUUAGGAAACUUGGUCAAGCUAUUUGUUUAUUUGGAGAAGGUCCAGCCGAAAGAAGAAAUAGGUUACGAGAAUUACUGUCCAGAGUGGGAGAAGACGUUGUUAUAAAAAAACCUGAAGAAGAAAGAGAAAAACGACAACAAAUCAAAGAUCAAGAUACAACGUGGUAUCAUGAAGGACCGCCAUCGUUAUUAGAUUCUCGGUUAGCUAUAGCAGAAUACUCAUUAUUGAGAUCUCAUUUUCGACUAGAAAAAUUGAGAGAAGAAGCUAGUAUACCUGAGUCUACUCUUACGGCUCGUUUGCAAGACUUACAUAAAUAUACUACGUCGUUAUCGAUAUAUUGUAGUCAAAUUGGCGAUACUAGGCCAAUAUCUUACUGUCGAUUUAGCCCAGAUUCACAGUUUAUAGCUACAUCAUCUUGGAGUGGUUUGUGUAAGCUUUGGUCAGUUCCAGACUGUAACUUAGUCAAAACAUUCAGAGGGCACAACUGUAAUGUUUGUUGUAUAACAUUUAAUCCACAGGCUAAUACUGAAGAAAAUGUGUGUGAUCUUGUGUCGUGUGCUAGCGAUGGGUCGGUUAAACUUUGGUCCAUGAAUAGCAAAAAAGAAGAACCCGUAGCAGAUUUGGAAGGUCAUGCUCCGUUUAGAGUGUCACGGGCUAUUUUUCAUCCUUCCGGUAGAUUUUUGGGAACUUGUUGUUUUGAUAAUUCGUGGCGUUUAUGGGAUUUAGAACAAGCAGAAGAAGUACUCCACCAGGAAGGUCAUUGUAAGCCAGUUUAUUGCAUGUCGUUUCAAUGUGAUGGAUCAAUCGUUGCUACUGGUGGAUUGGAUGCAUUUGGUCGUGUUUGGGACUUGCGAACAGGCAGAUGUAUUAUGUUUAUGGAAGGCCAUUUAAAAUCAGUCUAUAGCAUAGACUUUUCCCCAAAUGGUUAUCAAUUAGCUACUGGAAGCGAAGAUAACACAUGCCGUAUUUGGGACGUGAGAAAGAGAGCUUGUCUGUACACAAUUCCUGCACAUAUGAGUCUUGUAUCUGGACUCAGGUAUCAACCAGAAGGUCAUUUCAUUGUUACAUCGUCUUACGAUAACACAAUUAAGAUUUGGGCAAAUAAAACGUGGCAAAUGUUAAAAACAUUAUCUGGACACGAUAAUAAAAUUAUGGGUGUAGACAUAUCUUCAGAUUCAAAAUACAUAGCGUCUUCAUCCUACGAUAGGACUUUUAAACUGUGGGCACCUGAAUAUUCAACUUAGUCAGUUUUUCUUUUAAAUUGAUUGGUAUAUUUAUGUUUUGUUUUUUUACAUACUAAAAUUUAAUAAAUUGUACAAAUUUAAAUAAAUUAUAUUUUUUAUUUGAUA